CUGCGGUUGGUGGGUUGGUCCACAAGAUAGGCACCGUCGUGCAUAGUGCUCAAGCGUAAAAUGCCAGAGGAAGCGUUUCACGUCCUCUCUGUUUCUCAGAAGCAGGGGUCUCUCACCACUCCACUCUCGUGCUGAAUUCUGAGCUGCGGUCAACGACAACUAUGUUGAAGCCGCUGUAUCUUGCUCCAUCCAAUGCCGUGACAACGACGUUUCGUUGCAGAAAUUUGAGGGUUAAAAUGUCCUCUGAUGCCACUCCCCCUCCCGAAAGCCGCGUCGUUGUGGGGUUUGGAAUGACCACAGUAGAUUUCCUGGCCACUGUGGAUGCAUAUCCCAAGCCGGACGACAAGGUCAGAACCACCAGCUUCAAGAUUCAAGGAGGUGGCAAUGCGGGCAAUGCUUUAACUUGUGCUGCUCGCCUCGGAUUGAAACCCAAGUUGAUCUCCAAGGUUUCCGGUGAUGCCCAAGGCAGGGGGAUAUUGAAGGAGCUAGAAGCCGAUGGGGUGGAUACUUCCUUUUUCGUUGUCUCCAAGGAUGGCAGUUCAACAUUUUCGUAUGUGCUUGUGGACAACCAAACGAAAACUCGUACAUGCAUUUAUACCCCUGGAGAACCUCCCCUGAUGCCAACUGACCUGUCCCAAUCAAUCCUAUUAUCUGCAUUUAAUGAAGCAAGAUUAGUUUAUUUUGAUGGAACAUCAACUGAAACUGCACUAUUUGUCGCACAUGAGGCAGCUCGGAAUAACAUACCUAUAUUAGUUGGGGCGGAAUCAGUGAGGGGAGGAUUGGAUGAGCUCCUGGGUCUUGCUGAUUAUGCUGUAUGCUCUGCAAGGUUUCCACAGGCAUGGACCCAAGCACCAUCCAUUCCAAGUGCACUGGUUUCUAUGCUUUUAAGAUUGCCAAAUAUCAAAUUUGUGAUUGUGACUCUGGGUGAAGAUGGAUGUAUAAUGCUGGAAAGAAGCAUUACGGAGGGCACUGACAUAGAAGAAAGGGAUGUGGACAAUGUAAUAGAAUCCCUAUAUAAAGAGAGAGAUGAUGAUCUGAUUAUCCCAACUUGUAUAUCAUCGACCGUGACAAAAUUAAAAGCAGAUGGAAUAGGGACCGUGUGUGGACGUUUAUUUGUUGGAACAGCAGAGAAGAUACCGGCUUGUGAAUUGACUGAUACAACUGGUGCUGGGGAUGCGUUUAGUGGAGCUGUACUUUAUGCUAUCUGCGCAAACAUGUUACCUGAGAAAAUGUUGCCAUUCGCCUCUCAAGUGGCAGCUGCCAAUUGUAGAGCUUUGGGUGCUCGAUCCGGUCUUCCUCACCGCACGGAUCCUCGUUUGGCAUCAUUUUUAGGCUAGAGAUUUCUGGGCACUCUUCUUGUUCGUGUGCUGAAGGAAUGGCUUUUGUAUUUCUUCGAGGGAUGUGUUAUAUUUAAUAAAAUUAUGGUAUCAAUGAAGCACUUGUGUAGGUCAGUGUUGAAUUAUGAUUUCAAUAAAGCACUACUGGACAUUAAGUUUUC